ACUGACAACCACAAUGGCUGAUCAGACUCAGCACCAUCAUCUCUUCGGCCACCACAACGAGGAAGAAAGGAAACACCACAAGCAUCUUGAAGAGCUCGAUGAGCUUGGAGCUGCUGCAGCUGGUGCCUACGCUUUGCAUGAGAAGCACAAGGCCAAGAAGGAUCUUCAGAAUGCCCACAGGCACAAGUUAGAAGAAGAGAUUGGUGCAGCUGCUGCAGUUGGAGCUGGCGGAUUGGCAUUCCAUGAGCAUCAUGAGAAAUAUAAUGCCAAAAAAGAAGAAGAAAAGGCCGAGGGAAAGCACCACCAUCUAUUUUGAAUAAUGAUAAGGGUUCCUUCAAUUUUGUUGCUAGUUUACAUCCAGUUUUCUACUUUCACAAGAAAUAAUUAUGUGCGUUUUUU